AUGUUAAAGGAGUAUAAUGUGCAGCAAGAUGUUAUGACAUUGUUUUGUGACAAUCUAAGUGCUAUCAACAUAACCAAAAAUCCAAUUCAGCACAGCAGAACAAAACAUAUUGAUAUUCGUCAUCAUUUCAUCAGGGAGUUAGUUGAAGAUGGUACUGUUACUUUGGAACAUGUCUCAACUGAAAAGCAGUUAGCAGAUAUUUUUACCAAAGCUCUGGAUGCCACACAGUUUGAAAAAUUGAGACAGUUAUUGGGUAUCUGCCUAUUUGAGGAAUUAUCGCAAUUAAAGGGAUUUUGGUGUGCCAACGGCUAUUUUGUCAUUACUUUUGAGGCACGCUUAAUCAGGAAUUUCCAUUGUUUCUUGAUAAUCUCUCCUGCAACCUCCACUGCACAACUUCAAAUCUCUGAAACUCACUCUAAAACCGUCCAUCCUUUUCUUGAAGACCCGUGUUUCCUUCUUUGUGUCCUCUUCACCAUGAGUCAAGAUUCUAGCAAGAAACUCACUCCUGAGAUGAAUGCUUACGGGGUAAAGGUAAUGGGUUUGAAAUCCAAAACCCCAAAAUCUUCAAGGGUUUCAAAAUCCUCUCCUCAUACCUCUGAAAUCGCAAUUGCUCAAGGUAUUCCUCAACCAUCGUCUGAUCCGUGCAAGAAGAAAGGGAAAAAGGCACGAUCCAAGUCAGAUGCGUCCAAAGCAAAGAAGAAGAUGGUAACGAGAAGCUCAGCGGCUACCCAGGGAGUGAAUUCCGAGGCUGAAAUCAACCCAAGUACAGGUGAUGAUGUUGCUGAUCCUCGUAUCACUGAAGUGUUGGAAACUCCUCUCAAGGAAGUUUUACAUGCAGAUGUAGAUCCAAUUGUUCCAUCACCAAGCAACAAUCAAUCAAGCCACGAUGUUGAUACUGAUUGCAACAAGGAUUCUGAUCAUCUUGAGGAAGAGGUAAUGGUUCCCAACUCUACUCCCUCCGUUGAUAAAGAUAUGCAUGUCGAGGAUGUUCAGGAUGUCAUUGAAAACUCAGAAUCUGAUGAGGUGUUGAUCAACACCCUUGGUGCUUCUGCUUCUGUUGCUUCAAAGAGGCGGAAGAUGACUGUUGUUCGUAAGUACUCUACGCGGUCCUAUGGCAAGAAGUUAGGUUUGGGUUUGAGUGAGAACAAGAAGCGCAAGAAGGUCAUUAUUCUUGAUGAUGAUACUCCUGUUGUACAGAAUGUCAAGAGAAAGGUUCACAAAGAUAAUGCUACUCCUGUUGUUGAUGAGACUCCAACUGUGGAGUUGGAUAAGUCAGAUACUGGUUCUGCUGCUCGAAAGCGCAAGAUUGGGAAACGAAUUCCAGAAAAUGUGCCUGCUGCUCCUUUGGAUAACAUUUCCUUUCACUCUGAAGAAAGUGUUGGUAAGUGGAAGUAUGUUUAUCAGCGCAGGAUUGCUCAAGAGAGGGAAUUGACUGGUGAGAUUUUGCAUUGUCAAGAAAUUAUGGAACUUAUUGAGGCCGCUGGGUUGUUGAAAACUGUUACUGAGAUUGGUGGCUGCUAUGACAAGUUGGUGAGAGAAUUUAUUGUGAAUGUGACUACAAAUUGCACUGUGUCUGGGCAUCCUGAUUUCAGGAAAGUUUUUGUGCGUGGUAGGUGUGUACACUUUUCACCUGAGAUCAUUAAUCAGUAUUUGGGAAGAAGCGCUAUUGACACAGGAAAUGCAGAGUUGUCUUUGAGUGCUAUUACUACUGAACUCACAGCUGGUCAAGUUAUGGUGUGGCAUGUCAAAGGUUUGUUGUCCUCUACUCAUUUGAGUGUGAAGUAUGCUAUCUUGAAUCGCAUUGGUGCUGCAAAUUGGGCUCCUACCACACACAGCUCGGAUGUUUCUUCAGGUUUGGAAAAAUUAAUUUAUCUGAUAGGUACUAAGGCUCAGUUUGAUUUUGGCGAAUAUGUCUUUGCUCAAACUAUGAAGCAUGCUGAAACCUUUGCUAUCAAGCUCCCUAUUGGUUUUCCUUGUUUACUUUGUGGGAUUAUCUUGAGCCAACAUCCUCAAAUUCUCCUUGUUGAUGAGGUUCCUAGCAAGAAGGCUAGUCUUCUCACUAUUGAUUACAGGCUGCUAGCUGGUGCUCAUGUUUCUGAUGUUGCUGGUUUGGCUGAGAUGACUCAGGGGGAGGGUGCUUCCUCUCAGAAGACUCCUGAGACUCCUAUUGUUGCGCUUAUUGUCGUGUUUAAGAUGCUUCAGGACACAAUUACUAGUUGUACAUUGAGGAAGAAGAAUGUGGACACUCUCAUUCUACAGUUGACUAAAGGCAAGAGGCCUCUUGAAGACAAUGCUGCUGCUAAUGAUCAAGAUGAUGCUGGUACUUUUGAUGAUGACACUACUAGUGAUUAG